AUGUUAAGACGUGGCUUGAAUAAAUUUGAUGCGUCAUUAUUAUCCAAUGAUGGAGGAAAAUAUUCACCAUCAAUAAGAAAACUUCGUCAACAUUACUUACAUGAUACUAAAUGUUUGACUGACAAAAUCUUCUUAUCUCCUAUACAGUCUUCAUCAGUAACAAAACAAUUUGGUAAACAAACUAGUGAUCCUCAAUUAUCUUCAUCUCAUCAUCAUUAUCAAUCAUCUAUUGAUUUAAUGGCAACAUCAGUAAAGUGUGAUCAUUGUCAAAAACAUGAAGGAUUAUUUCAAUGUUGUCAUUGUAAUCAACGUUUAUGUAUUCGAUGUUGUAAUAAACAUUAUAAAAAGGUUACUACUGAAUUUGAACAUUUACAUGAAUUAAGUCAUUGUCUUUUAAUGAAAAUAAUUCAUAAAAAACGUGAUCUUGAAAAACAAAAAGAUGAAACAAUUGAACAAUGUCAUAAAUGGCGUAUUGAUACAAUUAAUAUAAUAAAUGAAGCACAUAAACUUCUUAUACAAACAAUUUAUGAUGAAUAUGAAAUAUUAAAUAAAGAAUAUGAAUUAUUUAUUGAUAAAGAAAUGUCAAAUAUAAAUUCUGAUAAACAUGAAUUAAUACGCAUGAAAAAAGGAAAUCUUAGUUCAUUACUUUUAUCACCAUCAUCAAAAAUAACAACAAAAAAUUCUAUAAAAUCAAUUGAUAUAAUAAAAAAACGUAUUGAAACAUUAACUAAACAUAUUAAUGAAAUAGAAAAUUUUUCAUUUCAAGUUAAAUUACCUACAUUUGAUAUUAAUGAUAAUCUUAUAAUUGAAUCACAUUUUGGUGAUCAUAUAAGAAGUACUAAUACAACAUUACAAAAUGAAGAUUAUAUUAAUAAUACAUCAUCAAUUAAGUCCAAAGAAAUAUCUAAAAAAGAAUUUUCUACAGAUUCUCAAUCAAUAAAUUUAUCAUCUCAAAAAUGUGAUACAAAUGAUUCAUAUCCUUCUAUCAAAAAAACUAUUAUAUUUCCAUCGGAUCACUAUAAAAUCUAUUCUUCAAUAUCAACAAAUCAAUUAAAUACAUGUAAUCAUAAUCAUCAAAAUACACAUAAAUUUCAUCGAACAUUAUCUUCUUCACUACCAUCAAUUGAUAAUACAAAUCGAAAUGUUCAAAUCAAAUAUGAAUCUGAUAAUUCGUUAGAAGAUAUAGCUAUUGAACAACUGAUACCAACAUGUGAUGCACAACGAACAACAACUACUGUACCUAUUCGAUCAUCGUCAUUAUUAAAUACAAAUAAAGUAUUUAAAAAUUAUCCUUCACUUUAUUAUCGAACUAAUUCAACUCCUUCAUUUAUUCAAUAA